AUUUUUUUAAAAACAGAAAACGAAGGUGUGAAGGUGCAAUCAAGAGAGAGAGAGUAAUGCUAUGUGGAUUGUGCUGUCCGAAGCACAAACCCCAUCAAACUUCUGACAUCACCUUUCUCGAUCCUCCGAUCGAUCCCACUAACCGGCGGCGGAUCUUCUUAAACCUCUCAAAUUCUCUGCCCUAUAAUUCCUUAUCACAGAUCUAAUUCAGUAUCGUCAAACUGAUUGAAUCGAUUCAGUAAUGGCUGCGCAGAACCAAACUCCGAAUAUGGAUCAAUUCGAGGCUUAUUUUCGCAGAGCAGAUUUGGAUCAGGAUGGUCGGAUCAGUGGUGCUGAGGCUGUUGCCUUCUUUCAAGGCUCCAAUUUGCCCAAACCAGUCCUUGCUCAGAUAUGGACAUAUGUUGAUCAAAGUCGUACCGGUUUCCUUAGCCGCCAAGAAUUUUUCAACUAUCUUAAGCUUGUUACAGUAGCUCAGAAACGAGAGUUGACCCCCGAAAUAGUGAAAGCUGCACUAUUUACGCCAGCUUCAGCUAAAAUUCCUGCCCCCCAGAUAAACCUUGCAGCCGUAUCAGGUCCUCGUCCAGCCAAUAGAGUUGGUUCUGCAGUCCCUCGAGUCGCUGGUGCUGCAGUGCCUCCAGCUAGUCGUGCUGCUCCAACAGCAGCGCCAAGUUUUGGCAUUAGGGGUCAACAGGGUUUACCAGCUCAGCAGAGCCAGUAUGUGCGGCCUCCUCAACCCACCGUUCCGAGCACCAGUUUCCCAUCUCAACCAAGUGUUUCUGGUCAAGGAAUGCCAGGUGGUACCAUGACAGCUUUUAAUCCUGCCAAUUCCUCUGAUUGGCUUUCUGGUAAUGGUGGCUCCCAAGCAGCGGUUACUUCCCAAGCUCCUAAUAUAGGUAUCAGUUAUAGAAGUCAGGAUGGAUUUGAUCAUGCCUCUCCACAGCAGAACCAACAAAAGACCUCUUAUUCGGCAACACCAGGUUCAUCUAAUUUAAAUGAUGCAACUCUGCGUGGUAACCAGCAAGAUGCUAAGGAUCCUAAAGCCGUUCCAGUUUCAGGAAAUGGAUUUGCAUCUGACUCGCUUUUCGGAGAUGCUUUUUCAGUUGCAUCAGUUCAACCAAAACAAAAUUCUGCACCUAGUAUAUCUUCUGCUGGCAGCUUAUCAGUCUCACCAGCCAUGAUCACUGCAUCUGCAGGGCUCCAACAUCCAGUAAAGGCCAGUCCAGUUGACUCACAAGUUACACUUCCACAGCAACCAGUAAACCAGCAUCAGAAAGCUCAGUUGACUGGGAGACCAAACCAACAGGUCUUAGUGCCAAGUGCUGCUGCAAAUCCUAAUGCAGCUGGAAUUUCUCGUUCUAGUCAGUCUCAGCUUCCUUGGCCAAGAAUGACUCGGUCUGAUUAUCAGAAGUACAGCAAAGUAUUUAUGGCUGUGGACACAGACAGGGAUGGACAAAUUACUGGCCAGGAGGCAAGAAACCUGUUUCUAAGUUGGAAGCUGCCUCGAGAGGUGCUGAAACAGGUGUGGGAUUUAUCUGAUCAAGACAAUGACAGCAUGCUGUCUUUAAAGGAAUUCUGCAUUGCCCUCUACCUGAUGGAGAGGCACAGGGAAGGUCAUCCUCUUCCUUCCGUCCUUCCGACCAAUCUUAUUUUUGACGAGUCAUUAUUUCCUGCUUAUGGUCAGCCUAUCCCACCACAUGGUGCUGUUGCUUGGAGACACACACCAGCCUCCCAGCAAACACAGGGGCCAAGGGGUCCUGGACAGAUGGCUUCUGGUGCUCUGGGAAGGCCUCCACGUCCAGUUCCCAUUCCCCAGCCCAAUGAAGCUGUGCAGCCUGGUCAACAGAAGCCUAAAGUUCCUGCACUGGAGAAGCAUCUUCUUGACCAACUUAGUCAAGAGGAACAGGAUACAUUGAAUUCAAAGUUCCAGGAAGCAACUGAUGCAGAAAAGAAGGUCAUGGAAUUGGAGAAGGAAAUUUUGGAAGCAAAAGAAAAAAUUCAGUUCUACCAUGCAAAGAUGCAAGAAAUAAUUUUAUACAAGAGCCGAUGCGACAAUAAACUAAAUGAGAUCACUCAAAGAACUUCUGCUGACAAAAGAGAGGUUGAAUUAUUGGCUAAAAAAUAUGAAGAGAAAUACAAGCAGACAGGAGAUGUUGCUUCUAAAUUGUCAAUUGAGGAGGCCACCUUUCGGGAUAUUCAGGAGAAAAAAAUGGAGCUAUACAAGGAAAUUGUUAAAAUGGAUCAAGAUGGCAAGAGUGAUGGUAUCCAGGACCGUGCUAGUCACAUUCAGAUGAACCUUGAGGAGCUAGUAAAAUCACUGAAUGAACGGUGCAAAACUUAUGGUUUACGAGCUAAACCAACUACACUGCUUGAGCUUCCAUUUGGUUGGCAACCAGGCAUCCAAGAGGUUGCAGCAGACUGGGAUGAAGAGUGGGAUAAGUUUGAAGAUGAAGGAUUCACAUUUGUGAAAGAGUUGACACUUGAUGUGAAAAACGUCAUUGCCCCUCCUAAACCAAAGCCUUCAUUGGUUCGUGAAAAAGCAUCUUCUUUAGCUGAGCAUGAUUCUGGAAAAUCAUCUGCUGAUGCCGACACUGAUACAAAGGUGGAUAAGUUGCCAAACCAUGUACAGGCUAGAGAAGUUAGUGACAUGGAAUCUGCAAAUGGACAUCAGCAAGCAUCAAGAAGCCCAACUGAUAGUCCAUCAAGGAGUAAUGCAGUUACAAGCCCGUCCAAAGAAUUCCAAGAGUUUAUGUACGGAAAGGAUGUCAAUUUUGAUGGUUCACCCCAUGGUGCCCGAAGGAAGGACACUAGUUUUGAUGGUUCACCCCAUGCUGCCCAAAGUGAGCAUUGGGGUACUGAAUCUGUGUUCUCGAGGGAUAAAGUUUUUGAUGAAUCUGGCUGGGGUACGUUUGAUACCAACUUUGACAUGGAUGCCUCAUGGGACGUCAAUUCUGUUGCAAAGGAUUCAGAUCAUGACAAUCUCAAGGGAUCUUCUCUUUUUGGAGAUGACGAUUGGGGCUUAACCCCUAUUAAAACGGGGUCCAAACAGUCCAUCUACACACUACCGAAUCAAAUGCCAUCUUUUGAUUCUGUUCCUAGCACCCCAAGUUACAAUGCUGGGUUAGACAACACGUUCCCUAAGCAGAGCCCUUUCUUUGAUUCUGUUCCUAGCACCCCAAGUUACAAUGCUGGAUUCAGUUAUUCAGACAACACGUUCCCGAAGCAAACCCCUUUCUUUGAUUCUGUUCCAAGCACCCCAAAUUACAACUCUGGAUUCACUCAGACUGAUACCUUGUUCUCGAGGCAAAGUCCAUUCUUUGAUUCUGUUCCUAGCACACCAGCUUAUAAUUCAGGAGGCUCCCCGAAUGCAGAUAAUAUGUUCCUGAAUAAGAGUCCAUUUGCCUUCGGGGACUCAGUUCCAAGCACACCUAUGUACAGUUCUACAAACUCGCCUCGAAGACAUAGUGAAGGGUUUGAAGAAAACUCGAACAGCUUCUCCAGAUUUGAUUCCUUUAACAUGCAUGAUAGUGGUCCUUUUGGCACUCGUGACUCUCUUUCAAGAUUUGAUUCAAUGCGAAGCACCAGAGACUCUGACUCCGAUCAUGGUUCAUUCCAGCAGCGGGACUCGUUUGCUAGGUUCGAUUCAUUUCGCAGCACCGCAGACUCUGACGAUAAUUUUGGGCUCUUUCCUCCUCGCGAAUCACUAAGUAGGUUUGAUUCCAUCCGCAGCACCAGGGACACAGAUCAUGGUCAUGGCUUCACAUCUUUUGAUGAUGCAGAUCCAUUUGGUUCAAAUGACCCAUUUAAGACGUCAGCCGAGAGUCAGACACCAAGGAGAGACUCUGAUAGUUGGAAAGCGUUUUGAUGGGAUGAUGGAGUACUAGUACGAAGUCUCUUUUUAUUCUAUUUGAUUUUUAUCUUUUGGCCAGUUUGUUGUUCGUAGGUAUGUAAUGUUGUGACUAGAUAAAGAUGUGUGCGGCAUGCGUUAGCAUCACGAUAAGCUGUGUUGUACUAUUAUUUUAUUAGCUUGAUUUUUUAUUUUAUUUUUCCUUGUGAAUUUUGA